AGCUACACGGAUCCAUACUUCUUCCGGGAGCGCCUCAGCAUGCCCAAGCUGCUCAUCGCCGCCUCCAACGACGAGUUCUUCUCCAUGGACGACUCGUACUUCUAUUACAACGGCCUGCCACCCCCUACGCUGCUUAAGAUCGUGGCCAAUGUGGACCACAUGGUCAUCCAGAAGUCCUACUGGGCCUAUGAUGCGGUCAUCUCCUUCCUCUCCUCUCUCCUGCACGUCAACUCCUCCUGCACCUCUCGCCCCGCCUCCUCCCGUCCCUCCCUCACCUGGACUCCCCCUACCAACCCCACCCCCUCCUCCCUCAUUCCCCAAACCACCUCCACCUCGUCAGACUCCCCUUCCUCUCACGCCCCUCACAACCCUCACAGCCCUCAGCCUUCCAGUCUCCCAGACGCAGAGGCAGCAGCAGUGGGGGCGGCAAUGGGGGCAGCAGUGGCAGCAGCACAGAACCCCCCCUGGGAGUGCGUUCCUGAGCUGCCAGCUGUUGAUUGGCCGCGGCUGAGGUGGCGGUUUGAUUGGCCCACGUUCACCAUUCAUGCCACGUCAGACAGGAAGCCAUUGGCGGUUAGAGCAUGGUGA